GAAGGGAAAGGAAAGCAAGACACAAGAGAAAUGAGAGCAACGUCUUACAUUGCUUGAGUCCAAUUAGUCAAGCGCAGAGGUGUAAAGAGGAGAAAAAAGAGAAGGAGACGAGACCGUUUCAGAGAGAGAAAGGAGGGGGAGGUAGGAAGCGCUAUCGGAGGCUGACAGAGAGAGACACAGAAGCAGAGCAAACAGAAGAGAGGCAGAGUCGCAGCAUCACUAUGUCUUUUGCUCCUUAGCUGCAUGCUUUCUACCAUCCGGAAGGGACCAACUAUCAAGCAUCCUUGGAUGCUGGACUACGUUUCUAAACCUCAGCCCAUCAGGGUGAUCACCUGUACGCUACCUUUCCAGGAUUGCCAUUGCAAAGCCCUACGGGGAAAGAAAGCACUACAACAGAGCCGAGGACCACUGAGGAAUGGUCUUUAUCUCGAGGUAAACCAACGCGCGGCAUAUUCAUGUACUAACAAUGUUGUAGCUGUUCCGAUAGCGAGGGAAUGGGAACGUGUCGCCAAAGGCCCUGUAAAAAUCACACCGCAGAUGGCCGACUGACUUUCUAUAUCGUCUGUUUUUCAAGCAGUGAUUAUUUUUGAGUAGAAAAUAAUUAGACAAAUGUGUGGCAUGGGAUACGUGUCUUCACGAGCGAAGCUGACUGAAGCCACCGUCUUCAAAAGAGACCAGAUCUCCUGUUGUAGAAGAGCUCAUGCAAUGGAAAAUACAGCUUAAAGAUGAUCCACAGCCAAACAUUAAGAAGCAAUUUAAUUGUGUCUAGUUAAAAAGAGUAUGAAGACUAUCGGUAUCAGAAUGAGAACUCUACAAGAACUGGGGUAAAGAUCUGAUUUCGAUGAAACACAUUUAUUUUUCAUACAAUUCUCUCACUAAAAUUGUCCAUCCUUUCCUUUAAGCAGGACCAGAGAUGGAAUAGGACUGUGGAGGACCCGCAAGGGAAGGUGAUGACAAUGACGGGAUAGAAGGAUCAAUCUCUAGGAGUGGUUUCCAAGGACUGCAUGACAGAUAUCAGAGUCUCAGCCCUUUGGUGAAACUCCACCUCCUCUUGGAUCGCAGGGUCAAUGACGCCAAGAAGAACAACCACACGAGCUUUGUUUUCCAUUUCCCUUGGAUGCUCCCCUCUCUACUUUCUAGCUUCACUGUUUUCUGAAAUAUAAAAUUUAAACCUGAUGACAUAAAAGUAAUGUGGACCAUAUCAGGACUCGUGUGAAAGACACAAAAUACCUGAAGAGGAGUGGAUACAGCAGGAUUGUUCUAGCACCGGCCCUCAUUUUAAAGCAGGGAUGAGACUGGAGGCUCCGAGCACAACGAACAGUGACGAGACGGAGCUAUUCGUGAAAGAGAGCAUUGAUCUAAGUGCGCCGCACUGAUGUUGCAAACCACAUGCCCCCCAACGAGGGGCGGCUGUGUAUUGUUUCACAAACUGACUCUUCCCUUCGCCCGUGUGUAGCCGGUAUCCCUGAAGCUAAAACUCACAAGACGUUUUGUUUCCCCGUCACAUUUUAAAGGUUCGCAAAGGGAAUGUGAAAGGAAAGGCUGAUCUCGUCAGGUCCGAAUAUGGUGGAGUAGUUUGACAUUGACGGGUUUCUUGGGACGGCUUGGAUUGCUGCCGAGCUGGAGAGGACACUUCUGGGAGGGAGCGGUGAGUUUAAGCCCGAUAUCACACUGAUGUCACACAUUUUUGUAGUCCAAACCUUUCAUAAGUUCAUAGAAUACAUAUUCUAGUGUUCUCACAUUGGGUUUGUUCAGGUUUAGUAAACAAAAGCGGGACGGAUUAUUUAAACUUGUUAUCCUGUGUGGUUUCUGAAACAUUGGUGAAAAAUGUAAAACAACUUCAAUCGCUGUAAUUUUGGAAAAAGGUCAAUGAGAGGGACGAAACGACAAAAAUAAGAAUAAUAAUUCAGACUUUUAUUACUCCAGAGAAAUUCUUCUCUCCAUUUGACCCAUCCGUAGUUAUUAAGGAGCAGUGGGCUGCGGUGAAGCGCCCGGGGAUCAACGUGGGGUUCAGUGUCUUGAUUAAGGACACUUCAACAUGCAAUAUGGGGACAGCGGGGACCGAACCGGGUACCUUGUGGUUAUGGGAUGACCACUCUCCCCCAUGAGCUACAGCCGAGCAGAAAAUAUUUCUUCAAAGAAAUUCAGUGAGAUGACUUCUUUAGUGUUAAACCCAAUUCCUCCCAACACAAACUAGAAACUAGAACGGGCACUCGGUAGAGCGCAUACCUUCGCAUAUCACAAGAUUGGGCAUUGAAUUAUUAACAUUUUGGCAUUAGUUGCAUGCUAAUUGGAUAGAAAUUGACCGCGCUAUGGUAAAAAGAAGAUUUUGACAUUUUCAUGACCUUGACCUUUGACCCGAUUGAUCCCAAAAUCUAAUCAAAUGGUCCCCGGAUAAUAACCAAUCAUCCCACCAAAUUUCAUGCGAUUCGGUUUUAUACUUUUUGAGUUAUGCGAGAAACACGCAUACAAAUAAAUAAAUAAAUACACGCCGAUCAAAACAUAACCUUCUGCAUUUUCAAUGCGAAGGUAAUUAGUGUGACACUCUACCCAACAUUGACAAUAUAGCACUUGCAUACAUGUGCACACAAAUAUAAAUAAUGCUACCAGAAUGAUUAUGCAGUGAUGAAAUGUAACGUUUGUUGAAUGCAGGUGAAAAAUAAAAAUGUGUGCACUUUUUUGUAAGAACAACAACAAAAACAACACAGAUACUAAAAUAUUCUGGAGCGGUAGUGUGAAGAGAGGUGAAUGUCAUAUUAUCAGUAGCCCCAAGUGUCCUGAAUGGUAACCAUUAUCCAAACCUCAAUACAUUUUCAAAAAGCAAAAAGAGAAAACCAGCUUUAAGUUUGCUGGUUGAAAAUAUCUGGUAGAAUUUCAUGUGAUUUGAAUAUUAAUUGAAUUUUUGGGUGCAAACCGCUCUCCAGGCCUCUUCCUCCCACCAGGAUAAUGCACACAUCCCCAGUGUGGAUCUCUGCAGUCACUAUGAGCAACAUGAUGGCCCUCGACACGUCUGAACCCUAUGACCUUGAGAUGACUUCCGACACGCCCAUCUACCCCAUCGGCUUCCAGGUUUCUCUGACCGGCGUCCUGCUUUUGGAGAUCAUUCUGGGCUUGAGCUCCAACCUCACUGUGCUCGUCCUCUACUGGAUGAAACAGAACCUCAUCAGCUCCGUCUCAAACAUCAUCACGAUGAACCUGCACGUGGUGGAUGUGUUGGUGUGCGUGUGCUGCAUCCCGCUGACGGCGGUGGUGGUGCUGCUUCCUCUGGAGACGGACACGGCCAUGAUCUGCUGUUUCCACGAGGCCUGCGUCUCCUUCGCGAGCGUGGCGACCGCCGCCACCGUCCUGGCCAUCACCGCGGACCGCUACGACAUCUCGGUGCGGCCGGCGAACCGCGUGCUCACAAUGGGGCGGGCUCUGGUUCUGCUGGGCUCCAUCUGGGCUCUAUCCUUCGUCAGCUUCCUGGUUCCCUUCAUGGAAGUCAGCUUCUUCGUCAACUUGGAGUCAGACCAGAACCAGACACUCGCCACGGCAGCUCAUCCGAAUGAGUAUUACACAGAGCAGGGUUUGUACUACCACCUGCUCGCACAGAUCCCGAUAUUCUUUUUUACCGCCGUGGUGAUGCUCGUGACUUACUACAAAAUUCUCCAGGCGCUUAAUAUUCGCAUCGGCGCGCGCUUUCCGCGCAACCUGCCGAGACAGAAGCGAAAGAGCGACAACGCCGUCUCUCUGAGCGCCGCGACGCAGGCGGAAUCCACGGACGCUUCGCAGAGCGGCGCGGGAGUCCGGGCGCCUUUGGGCAUGCGGGUGUCGGUGUCCGUCAUAAUCGCGCUCAGGCGAGCGGUGAAGCGCCAUCGGGAGAGACGGGAGAGGCAGAAACGAGUCUUCAGGAUGUCUCUCCUCAUCAUCUCCACGUUCUUACUUUGUUGGACCCCAAUAACUGUGCUCAACACCGUCAUCCUGAGCACCAGUUUACACAGCGACGUCACCGUCCGCCUCCGCCUGGGCUUCCUGGUCAUGGCCUACGGAACCACCGUCUUUCACCCGCUGCUCUACGCCUUCACGCGGCAGAAGUUCCAAAAGGUGUUGAAAAGCAAGAUGAAGAAACGGGUGCUGUCCGUAGCGGACGCGAACCCGACGCCGAACAAAGCGGUCGUCCACAAUUCGUGGAUUGAUCCGAGGAGACAUAAAAAGGUCGCCUUCGAGGACGCGGACGCCAGAGAAAAAUGUCUAUGCUUACAAGAGGUAGAGUAAUGGGAUGGAGGGAAAUAUAAAUAUGUGCGUAGAGUUUAAAUGAAUUGGUUUCAUUCCACUUAUUAAAAUAAAAGUAACUGCAUAUGGCAAAACAUGUGAAAGCUGGUCUCAUGGAGGCAGAUGGGGAGGUUUGUUUAUCCAAAGAGAGAGGGGGAAAGUAUUUGGGGGAACAAAACUGAAGAAAUCAAACUGGUGGAGAAAUAAACUAAAGUGCUCAUUAAC